CACAAUAAUUAUACUUCCUUUCCGAAUGAGCCUUCUCAAGUGCCGACCAGUUUCACAAGUAGUAUUGGUAUUAUGCAGCAUCCAAUUGCUCUCAGUCUCCUUGUUCUCAGCUUUGGCUGCGUCCUAAGCCAAAUUAUAACCCGGCUCAUUUUCCAUGAUGGCCGUCUCCAUGUGUGGGUUGUGGCCGGAUGGGUAUUCCUAGAAUGUUUUCUUGUCCACGCAAUAUAUCGAUUGCAAUUUUACCCUCUUGCUAAAUAUCCCGGACCAUGGUGGGCCGCUAUCACAGACUGGUAUACAGUCCUUCAUUUAGCCAAAGGGGACCGGCACCUGGAUUUUUAUCGCUUGCACUUAAAGCAUGGAAAAUUUGUACGCUUUGGGCCGCAUCGGCUAUCCAUCAACUCUGCUGAGGCAUUGCACGACAUCUUUGGGGUACGUGCCAACACACAGAAGUCCACCGUCUACGGAUCAUUCAAGUACUUUUUCAACGGAGUCAACAUGUCUAUGACCGAGAUCGAUCGGGACAAACAUGCAUUCAAGCGCCGGGUAAACGCGAGUGCGUUAAACACAGCCGCCGUGCGCAAUGUCCAAGAGCAAAUUUUGACCAACACUCGCUAUUUCUGCACGCAGUUGACGGACGAAAAGCCCAGCUGCCAAGAUGGAUGGAGUGCACCACGAAAUAUUAGCAGACUUAUUGGGUACCUGGUGUCUGAUAUCAUGGGCGAUGUGACCUUCAGUAAGAACUGGGAUGUCCAACGAGACAAGGAACGUAGGCAUUUUGUCGAUGACAGCGCAUUGGGCACAGCAGGGAUCCAUUUGGGCGCAAAUCUCAAGGGAAAGGACCUCUUCUCUGCGCUUCUGGAAGCAGUUGAUCCUGUGACUGGCAAACGCUUCACACAGGGCGAGCUCAUUUCCGAAGCUGGACUCCUCAUUGUUGGCGGGUCUGAUACAACUGUGACUGCGAUGAGUGCCACCAUAUUCUAUCUUUUACAUAACCCAGCCGCCCUUGCACGAGCACAAAGCGAAGUUCGAAAUGCCUUCUCUUCGCUAGAAGAGAUUACGAUGGGAAAAAGUUUGGAUGGUUGCCGCUACCUGGUUGCUUGUAUUGAUGAAUCAAUACGUCUUUCUCCGCCAGUUGGCUCUAUUCUACCACGCCAAGUGCUGACAGGAGGACUGAGGGUUGAAGGGGAAUAUCUUCCGGAAGGGACUGAUGUCGGCCGAAUGCUGUUUGAAUACGACAUGCAGCUUGACACCCAGAGCACAUUAGGCGAAGGUGGCCCAGGAAAGGGUUGGGGCCGUCACCGUAAAGACGAGUACCAGUUAAUGGACCGCAAGAGCGACUUCAAGACCGUAAUCUUUCCCACAGCGGCCUUUGCCGUUUUCAAUACACUCGCUGGCGACUUCACCGAAAAUUAUACCCAAUCGACAGACAACAAGCGCCUACCUUUUGCUGGCCGGAUGCUCAUCUCGGUCGCAUGGACUUGGCUUCAUCUGCUCAUGGAAAAUAUCGCCAAUCAAAGACUGCCACACUCUAUUGUAGAGGAUAGGUUGAAUAAGCCAUGGAGGCCCAUAUGCAGUGGGCGUAUGGAUAGCGAGGGAGGGCGCCAACUUCUCUUAACCGUUUUGAUUCUUUCAUGUGGACUCUCCUUUUUUCUCGGCGUGCUCGGUCCCUCGGUGGCUCUCGUGGUUUUCACUUACAUGUACAACGACCUCGGUGGUGCCAACAGCAGUAUCCUCCGUAAUAUAUUGAAUGCGUGUGGGUUGCUAUCCUUUGGAGCCGGGGCAACUGCGAUAUGCGGUGGUAGUGGUUUAGGUGCGGCGCCAUUGACCUCAUUAGCAUACAACUGGUUAUGGGUCAUUGCCACUGUAAUUUCCACCACGGUCUCCGUCCAAGACUUGGAAGACUAUAAGGGUGACCUUGCUACGGGUCGAAAGACGCUACCUCUUAUUUUGGGUGAUACGCCGACUCGCUACCUCCUUUCCAUCCUCAUUGUUGGAUGGAGUACUGCGUGUCCCCUUUUCUGGAGUGUGACACCAAUGGCAUAUAUACCGCCUGUGACGCUCGGUCUUGGCCUUGCGUUCAAUCUGUUGGGAAGACGUAACUUGGAUUCUGAUAAGAUGUCAUGGAAAAUGUGGUGUGUUUGGAUAAUGGCAUUGUACUCACUGCCUUGUUUACGAGCCAUGGAUUUCUCGAUUCUUCCCACCGUUGUAGCCGGUGUGGCUAUUGGCGUUGUGUACACUGUCGGUCUGGUGCUUUACCGGCUCGCUUUUCAUCCCUUGGCCGGGUUUCCAGGACCUUGGCUGGCGGCUGCGACGUGGUGGUAUGAGUUCUAUCACGAUACUCGUCGCGGUGGUGGUCUUUAUAUCUGGCGCAUAGAGGAACUGCAUAAGAAAUAUGGACCUAUUGUGCGAAUUAACCCAGAGGAAUUGCACAUAAUUGACCCUGAAUUCCACGAAGCCAUCUACGCUGGCGCAUCAUCAGCACGGGACAAGUGGGAUUUGGCGGAAAAAUCGGCCCAGUCGUUCGGGGCCACUGGCCAUACGCCGAGUCAUAAGUUGCAUCGCAUCCGCAAGGAUUCUCUCAGCCCAUUUUUCAGCAAGCGAACAGUCACGGAGCGAGAAUCCCAGAUCCGUGAAAAGGUGGACCGUUUAGUAUCGAGGAUUCGCGAACAUGCUGGGACAAAUCGACCGGUCAAUGUCACUGUCGCAUACAUCGCGUUGUGUAUGGAUAUUAUUACCGAGUACGCAUUCGGCCAGGCUUAUGGAUUGUUAGAGGAAGAGGAUUUCAAUGAACAAUGGAAAAACACCAUCAUGGGAAUCGUCAGCAGCAUCACUGUUCUGACUCACUUGCCCUGGAUUCCGGCAUUGAUGAGGAGUCUCCCCGAGUCGGUCCAGAAGAUGCUAUCUCCGAACGUGGCCCUCCUCCUUGAAUAUGAGAAGCGUAUUCGUGAGAAGAUUCAAUCUGCUCUUAAAAUUCAUCCGGGAGUGAAAAAUGACACCCCAAGUGCCGAAUCCACCAUUUUCGAUGCUGUACGGGAUAACCCAAAGCUCCCAGAUUCGGAAAAAAGGCUUCAGCGUAUGUCAGAUGAGGGAAAUGUCUUGCUGAUUGCAGCAACCGAAACACCUGGCAAAGUGCUUGCGCUACUGACAUACCACAUCCUCGCUGAUUCCGUCAAGCUUGCUCGUCUACGUUCUGAACUGGAAUCCAUCAACCCAAAACCUAGUGUCAAAGAAUUGGAAAGCCUCCCAUAUCUUGUUGCCGUGGUAAAAGAAGGAUUACGCUUACAUGGCGGCGUAGUCACCCGGUCUAAGCGAAUUGCGCCUUACGAUGCCCUUCAAUGUGGACAGUUUAUCAUUCCUCCCGGAACACCAUUGAGCUGUAGCAUCUAUUUUAUGCACUACGACCGGUCCUUGUUCCCGGAUCCGUUUGAGUUCCGGCCAGAGCGCUGGAUUGACGUCGACGACGCUACUAAGAAGCGCAUGGAACGCCAGUUCGCGCCCUUUGGCCGGGGAACCCGUAGCUGCUUGGGAUACAACUUGGGCAUGGUGGAGGUCUAUAUGGCUCUCGCGGCUGUAAUAACCGAGUUUGAAAUGACGCCUUACAAAACAACCCGCAAAGACGUGGACUUGGAGCGGGAUUGGCUUAUUCCUCAACCGAGUAAAGAUUCGAAAGGCGUUCAAGUUUUAGUUACAGCUGUGCGUGGCAAGUCUGACUCGUAA